GCGGUUCCGCGUCAGGCUGCGCUCCGACCGCUCGGCACGGGGCAGCGCUUCGGGGGCACCGCUCCGCCCGCGCCCUCCCGGAACUUUUAGGGCUUUUUUUUUUUUUUUUCUUUUUUUCCGCCGUUCAUUCCCCCGGUGCCACCGGAGGCAGCCGAGCUCUGAUCGCAACGGGAUCCGCGGGGCAGCGCUCCGGGCUCGGCCGCAUGGAGCCGCAGCCCGGCGCUCGGAGCUGCAGCCGCGGGGCCGCCCCCUGCGAUCCUCUCCCCGCGGAGCGCCCCGUCCACCUCUGCAUCCACACCACCACCGGGGCGCGGUACGAAGUGGCCGUUCCUCCGGACGAAACGGUGGAGGGGCUGAAACGGCGGCUGUCGCAGCGCCUUAAGGUGCCCAAGGAGCGCCUGGCGCUGCUGCACAAAGACAGCCGCCUCAGCUCCGGGAAGCUGCAGGACCUGGGGGUGGUAGAAGGCAGCAAACUGACGCUGGUGCCCACCGUGGAGGCUGGCCUGAUGGCAUCCAGGCCGGAACAAUCGGUGAUGCAAGCGCUGGAAAGCUUAACUGAAACUCAGGUCAAUGACUUCUUAUCGGGCCGUUCCCCGCUCACCCUGGCACUGCGUGUGGGCGACCAUAUGAUGUUCGUGCAGCUCCAGCUGGCGGCCCAGCAGAGCAGCGGGCAGCUCCAACACCGGCACGUCAUCGCCAGCCGCGGCGAGACGGGGGCCACCAACACCCCCCACUGCCGGACCCUACAUGGCAGCACCGGCUCCGGUUUCGCCCGCAUCCCCGUGGUGCCCUCCUGCCCGCAGAGCCCAGCUCCCAGCCCCACGCCCACCACGCCGGCCCCCCCCGUGUACUGUAAUGCCCCCCACCCCGCUCCCGUCACUGCUGGGAUGUUCCGGUCGCACGGGGCCAGCGCGCAGACGGUGAACAGCAGCGUGGUGUCGUCGUGCUCAGAGGUGGACUGCAGUAUGCGUGGCGGCUCCUCGCCCAGCAGCAGCCCAGCACCGAGCGCCCGCUCCCGCAAACCUGGGGCCGUCAUCGAGAGCUUCGUCAACCACGCGCCUGGGGUCUUCUCAGGGACCUUCUCCGGCACUUUGCACCCCAACUGCCAGGACAGCAGCGGGCGGCCGCGGCGGGACAUCGGCACCAUCCUGCAGAUCCUCAACGACCUCCUCAGCGCCACGCGACACUACCAGGGCAUGCCGCAGUCCCUGGCACAGCUCCGCUGCCAGACGCAGUUCUCCUCAUCUUCCUCUUCUUCCUCACCUCCCGCAUCCCCGGACCUCACCACCAAAACUACCUCAGAGCCGUUGCCAGCGGCCGCAGCAUCCGCUCCUCUGCACCCCAUCGUCCAGUGCCAAAGCCAGAUCCGGAUGUGCAAGCCCAGUGGGGAUCGCUUGCGGCAGACGGAGAACCGCGCGACGCGCUGCAAAGUGGAGCGGCUGCAGCUGCUGAUGCAGCAGAAAAGGCUGCGCAGGAAGGCCAGGAGGGACGCCAGGGCUCCUUACCAUUGGCUGCCCAACCGUAAAUCCUCCCGUACCAACAGCAACAGCAGCGUUUCCAGCGAGGGCAGCCUGGAUCUGGACUUCGAGGACUCGGUCUGGAAGCCGGAGGUCAAAGCGGACAUCAAGUCCGAAUUCGUCGUAGCAUAGAGCCGGGCUGCGGCCGCGGACUCGUUUCAGUGGGGGAGGCCACCAGCCCCCCCCCCCCCCCCCC